UGGAAAGACCGUUGGAGCUGGGAGAAGCGAAGAAGGCCAACGACCAAAACGCUGAACUGCAGGAUGCCACUAGUAGAUGCCUGGACGAGCAAACUACGGGCGAGAAUCUUGAUGCUGAGGUAGGAGCUUCUGAUCAUGAUCAAGAAAAAGACUUCAUGUGCAUACCCCUCACUGCUCAUGGCACUUCAGUCUUGCGUGGACAACAGAACUCGAG